AUGGUCUAUAUUGAGUCCGGCAUGCUGGUUCCUCAAAGUGAUGACGAGUACCAUGAUGGGUAUUACCUCACACAAGAAUCCACGUUUAGCCAGCUAACAGGGCUGGAAGACCGAGACGUUCGCGGCAAAAACGCAUACCCUAUUCAUGAGGCAUGUUGGAAUAUUCUUAAGACCGUUCAUGGAUCCAUGGUAUCCGAUGAAAGGGAAAUCAAUCUCCAAGAGCUCAUAUUUGUCAUUAAGGAGAUCAUUUCGCUCUCUCAGACCGGAAGGCCUUGUUGGGAUUGCGAUGGUUGCAUUGUCGCAGAACAAUUUCAGGUUUGGAAUACCUGGGAACCUGUCAAAUCAUACGAACGACUUGUGACUGAUCCUGGGAUGAUCGACUUCGAGCUGUUCGUCUCGGAGUGCUUUGGUAGAGAGCACCCUGGAAUCAGAGGAUUGAGAACGGCAGGCACGGCAGUGACAAGGGACGAGGACCCGGUCGAACGCUUGCCAAUGGAACUGCGCUGCAUGGUUCUACAGCUCCUCCCAUCCCAGGAUGUCCUUGCAUUGGCAACCGCAAGCCCGGCAUUCAAGUCCUCUGCCUCCGAUUUACCGAGGAGUUUCUGGAAAUCACGGAUGCUUCUUCAAAUGCCAUGGCUCCUGCCAGUGUGGCCAGAGUUGAACCGAAUUCUGAAACAGGCCACUCGACCCGUGAAAUACAAGAAACUGCUGAGAAAACUCAGAUAUCACUCAAUGAAACUCCAAACCCCCGAUCUGUUGUAUGACGACUAUCGCAACCAAUGGAGGAAAAUUGGCCUCCAGAACCUCCGUCGGAUCUGGAUGUGCUGCGAAGAGAUAGUGGAGAAUGUGGAAGCGAAUUCUGUCGUAUCCAUCGUUGGAAGGAUUCCGAUCUCACCGGCGCUGAGAUCCCGCACAUUCCAGAAAGUCAUCACCCCCUACGUCGGGGAUAUGCAGGCUUACGAAGAGGAGGCCGAGACUUUCUUCAUUACAGAUAUCCACCAAGAACCUGAGAUACGCAGUAUUACGGUCUAUUUCAAGCCAGAGACUACGACUAUCGCCGGGAUUGAAUUUGCAGUCAAUGGGAAGCGCUCUCCCCGGCUGCUGGGGCGUCGAUUUCCCCCGCUGCAAAGUGUUGCUUUUCCUCCCGGGGCAAAGAUCCACGGCUUCUCGCUGUAUACCGAGCGUUACCGAGUGCGACGCCACGGAAACAUAAGGAGAAUUUGCGGACUAGGCAUUAUUACAGACGACAGCCCCUUUGAACCACGUCUCAAGCUUGGGUCCUGGAGUCACACUGGUGAGAUAUUUCUGUAUCGGCUUGAAGGGAUAGCAACAACCCAUCAGCACUGGAGUGUAGUUGGAAUGUGUGGACACUUUAUGAAUGGCACCAUCACUGGCUUCGGAUUCAUGACCGCGGAUUUAUCGAAGGGGGGUGCACCACGUGGCAAGACUACAAAGUCGCCACCAAAGCUCCCAGAUAGUGAAAUCCAUUAUACGCAGACGAAAUAUAAAGCCUACUGGGCCGACUAUCCUGAGGACGGAGAGACCGAAGAACAAGAUCCGGACAACCCACGACUUCCUCCGCUUCCUCUUCCCAGGAAGGUCUGGACAGUGUUCGUAGACCUGAGCAACAGUGACAUCUUUGAGAUUCAAGCAAUGUUCGAUCUGGACCCUCAGAUAACCUGCCGAAGACUUGAGUUCUUCUUCGCCGAUGGAAGCCAGAAGGUAGUCGCCUGUUGUGGCGAAUCGGACUACAGGGUACGCCCCAAGCCGCAUAUCUUCCGCUUGAACCCGGGGGAGAAAAUCAUCGGCAGUGACAUCUGGCAGAGUGCGACUUUAGGACAGCACAGAUUUCGGUUUUUUACCAGCUACGAUCGCGUUCUGCAUCUAGCGAAGCCGAAAAGGGAGCUCAAGUUCGACAGUCCGAAUGACAAGGUUCUGAAAUGGAAAUGUCCGGAGAACAAAUCAAUUGUGGGGAUGAACUUCCAUGUCGAAAACGCUGGCAUCUUGAGUGUUUUCCCGGUGUUUGGCCGACGGGUUGAAGAUGAAGCCGAGUGA